AAUGGAUAAAAUUUGGAUAACAUUUAUGCUGCUGCUCAUCGCAAUCAUCAACGUGCAAACAAACGGACAAUCAGUGGUGAACGUGCAGCUGUCGGUGAAAAAAUACGUCGAACGAGGCAGAGAAGUGGCACUGUACUGCGAGAAUGACGCCGCUCCCGACAUCCUCUACAAGGUAACGUUCCUGAAAAGUGGCAAUAAAAUAUUCGAGUACAUCAAGGGCCGGAGUCCACCGUACCGGAACUUUUCGAUCGCGGGCGCCGAGAUAGAUUGGAAAAAGGUGAACCCUUCGACGUUAACGUUGAAAAAUAUCGACUACGAAGCCUCCGGUUCCUACUACUGUGAGGUAUCCACCGACACCCCAAUCUUCACGAAGGCGUCCAACGAGGAACCGUUGCACGUUAUGCUGCCCCAGAAGGGACCGCCAUCGAUCGAGUUCGCCAAGAAGCAGCUCUACUACGGCGACAUGCUGGUGGCCAACUGUACCACCUCGCGCGCCAAACCCGCCCCGCACAUAACCUGGCUAAUUAAUGGAAAACAGGUGGAAGACAAAUACGUCCGGCAGCUCCACCACACGCCGAAGAGUGGCCAUCGCUCGAAACAGCAGCAGCAACAGUCGCCGUCGCAACAGCUCGACAAACAGCAGCUCACGCCGCCGUCCUUCGUCACGUCGCAGAGUUCGCUCUACCACGGCAAGGUGAUUGCCGGGACGUCCGACAGCAGCGGGUCCUCGUCCGGGACGGCCUCGCACACCCUGAAGGAGCUGAAGGCGGUGGCAAAGGAAGUCGAGCGGAAAGCAUCGCUAGCAAAUGGUUUUAAUGGCUACUCAACAUAUAAAGACAAUGGCGGCUUUGGGGGUGGCAGCUUCCAGAUUCAGCCCAACACCGGGUACAACAGUUUGGAUGGCUUCUACAAUGGGAUCAGGAUGCACCAUCGGGAGCGGGAGCGCAGUGGGGGCAUCGGAGUGUUCAACAUCGAAGGGCACCGGAUGGGCGACGAGGCGAACGAGGACGAGGAGAGUGAUAAAAAGACUUCCUGGCUUAAGGGCGACUAUCAUACAAAUAUGUAUUACGACAAUAAGCAGCAACAGCAACAGCAGCAGCAGCAACAGCACUACGAUAGCAGCUAUAGAAAACAUCGCAACGCAUACGAGCACAAAAAUCGAAGGCACGUGAACGACGCAACCGCGGAGCAACGGAAGAUGCACCGAGUGGCGGCCAGCUACAGUCAGCUGGCGAUCCGAAUUACCGAGGCUCUCACCAACAACGUCGGCCGGAUAGAGAUAACCUGUCUGGCGACGAUCCCAGCCCGCGUCGAACCCGGCGAACAAUACGCCGACUACAAGACGUCGCUCAUCAAACUCGACAUCGAACAAAACGACCUGACGUCGCCGGAGCCAUCGACCGGAUCGCUGGCGCACGCCAAAUCCGACGCCGUGCAGACGUCCAACUUCCAGACGAGUUCCGGGCUCUGUCGGAACCUGUUGGCCCUGCAGUGCGGCAUCGUGGCCCUGCUGCUGCUCUACCAUCGGCGAUCGGCGGCAGCGUGGUUCCUCCCUUCGUCGCUAACGUAGAUCGCCCUCCACCCGUCACCCAUUAUUCUUAGUGUCCAACUGCCGUAUCCUUCCGUAAUCACCAUCUCAACGACUAAACGAAUCGAAUCGACAAAUCGAAAAAUAAUAUCGCCCUGAGUGCAGCUACGUACCUAAAUCGAACGAGGUGAAAAUGUGAAACUGAAAACCGAAACAUCCGUCGGGGGGUGAUUCCAGCGGGACACGGACAGUCAGUCAGCCAAAGCCAACGGAUCGGGGCGUGGACGGGGAGAUCAACCGGCUGCAUCUCCUUGACGAGCCCCGCCAUCAAAAAGCACACCUUCGCAUCCACACAUUUGUACAGAGCCAAAUCGUUACGUGUGAGAGAAUGUAAGUAAUUUUAAGCGACGCAGAUUAAGGUAUGUACGACGAUAAGUGAUUUGUGGUAAACCACAAAUACCAACUUCGGACGGCUUAAUGAAAGACGAAAACAAAAGACCACAGAAUUAGAUAAAAUGAAAAAAAAAAAAACUAAAUAUGACGAUAUUUUUACCUCAAAACUUAUUUUCAACUUCUACGAAAAAAAAUAUGAGAUAAAAAACACAUCUUCGUAUCAAUGUAUAUUAUGUGAAUCGUUGACACGCACUGUAGCAGUGCGAAUUUGUUUGUGAAAAUGUGACACACUGGCACUCACACGAGACUAAACCCAUACGCUAAUCACAUUUUAGCAGAAGAAAAAAAAUGAAACAAACAAUCAAGCCAUUACAGAGGAUUGUGAAACGGUACCAUAGUAGAACGAACGUUUAGGCAAAAAUCAACUGUCACAUAGAGAACCAGAGAAGAAAAAACAAAUCCAUAAAAUAACCCAGAACAGAGUCGCAACAGACGAACCGUGUAGUGAGCUCGAAGCUUUGGUUAGUGUGAAAACAAUUGAACACAGACAUAGAACUGGAACUACAAGUGUCAUGUGUCAUUGUCAAAGCCAUAGGAAACGGACUUGAAAAGCAUAUUCGCGUUAAGGGCAAGGUUAGUUUCGUCCUACAGUUUUUUUUGUUCACUUGAAAUUAAGA